CUUUCUCAAUAUUUAUCAAUGCCCUUUACAAAGCCUAAAAUCUUUUCUUUUCUCACUACCCACAAACCCAAAUAAUCCCUUAGCCUAUUCUUCCUUGUUUGAUGAUCUGAAAGAUCAGAGCUUUCUUGCUCAAGACCUAGGAACUUUUCAUUGCUGGAAUUCUGGAAAGCCCAAUUUUCCAAAGGUGUUUGAAGAAAGGUUUUGGGGUUGUUGAAGGGUUGAGGAGUAGGGAUAGGGUUUUUAGUGGACAAACACAAUGGAGGAGGUAGUCUUGGAUUUGGAGGAAUGGGAGUUGAAGCAGAGUAAUCUCGAAAAGGCCUUUGAGAAUUGUCAUUCCCGCUGUAAGAAGGUUGAAGAGCACUUCAACUCAACUCGGAGCUCGUUCCAGACUCAAUUCCGAGAGCUCAAGACCAGGGAGGAGGAAAUCGGGCUCCGAGAGAAGCAGUUGGAAGAGAAAGAGUCCUAUUUUGAGUCCCUGAGGGAAUCUAAGGAGGAGGAGUUACAUGCAAUUGAGGAGGUGAUUAUAGAGAAGCAAAUACAAGUUGAACAAGUUAAGACUGAGUUGGAGUGUGUUAGUUUAUUGGUUAAAGAAAAGAGCCAGAAGCUUGAUAGUCAAGAGAAGCGGUUUUUGGAAGUUGAGAAGUUGGUUAGAGAAAAUGAGAGGGAGUGUGAUUUGAUCCAAAACCGUAUUGAAGAGGGGAUGAUGAAUUUGAGGAGGAUUGAGAAAGUUAUUGGGGAAAUGGAUGUGAAAGUGAAAAGUUUUAGAUUGCUUGAGAAAUCCAUGGAGGAUUGGUGCCAUAAGCUUGACUUGAAAAAGAAGGAACUUGAAGGUUUCUCGGCAUUGAAAAAAGAGUUUUUGAAUCAAACUAUUCGAGAACUUCAUUUUAUUGCUAAAAGGGUCAAAUACUGCCUCAAUGAAGUUCAAAGGAAAGAGAGGGAACUUGAGCUGAAAGAGACACAAGUUGAAUCAAGAGUUGAGGAGCUUAAGUUGAUAGACAUGAGGGUCAACGAACGCCUCAAUGAGGUUGAAUUGAAAGAAAAGCAUUUUUAUUUGCUGGAGAAGUCAGUACAAGAAGAGAAACAACAUUUGGUGGCACUCCUAAAGAAUGCCGAAGAGCGUGAAAACCAUUUGGAUUCACUCCAAAAGUUGGUGGAAGAGGGCGAAAAGGACAUGGAUUCACUAUCACAUGAACUUGAGAGGGAAGUGAGGGAACUUGAUCAACAGGUCAAAGACCUUGAAUUGAAGCAGACACAGUUUGAUUUUCUAUUGAACACGGAGCAAUCAGAACAUGCUCCUGGGACUACCAACGAGGCUAUUCCUUCAUCUAGUAACAAUGUGACAAACUUCAUUCCUUCCCUUGCCAAUAUGGAGGAACCAGAAUCUUCACUAGCUAGAAAUGCAGAAACUUUUCUUUCUUCCAAUCUUCAACCACAUGCCACCAGCGAGGAAAGGAAUGUGCCAGGGUUUCUAGAGGAUAAUAAGAGUGGGAAUGAUUCCACACAGAAUGAAUUGGCUGCUUCUCUUCUGUUGGUACCAGACCCAGCUAAACUAGUGUUGAAUAACAUGCAAAAAUCUCUUGCUAGAUACUUGAGAAAUGGAGAUUUUGAAGAAAGUAUCAUGUCGAGUAACAUUUUCAUACUGAAGGAGCUAAUGAUUGUUUCGCCACUUGUUGGAUCUCAUCUGAAAGCAGAUUCAACAACUUUAGCAGCCCAGUGGAAAGAGAAGAUGAGUGGCAAUACUGUAAAUUCAGAGGAAAGUUUAGUAUUUUUGCUGUUCAUUGCUAUGUACGGAUUGGUUUCGAUGUUAAAUGUAGAUGAGAUUGUAAAGCUUCUUGGGUUGAUUUCUCAGAAUGAAAAGGCUCUAGAAUUGUGUCAUGCACAUGGUUUUGCAGCUAAGAUCACUGAUUUCAUUCUGAUUUUGAUACAAAAGAAGCAUAUAAUUGAGGCUGUCAGAUUUAUUUGCACCUUCAAGUUAAUUGAUAAGCUACCGCCAAUACCACUCUUGAAAGAAUAUGUGGAGGAUGCAAAGAAGUGUUUUGAAGUACUUUGCAGGAUAAGGAUUGCUCUUGAUGAAAAGGUUAAGGCUGUAGACAACCUAAUAGGUUAUCUAAGAGCUGUGCACCAAUGCAUCAAAGAUUAUAAUCUCGAGUCCGAAUUUCCAUCUACAGACAUUGAAAUGCAAUUAGUUCGACUGGAAAAACUGAAGGAGAAUUGGAGAAUUUUGGCGCCAUCUGUUGGUUUUAAUGAUAAGCAAAAAGAGCAGAGAAAAAGGAAAGAACCUGAUAACGAGACUUAAUUCUCCAGAGUUCCAACCAGGACAGAAAUCUAAAUUGUAAAUGAUAGUUACUUCUGGAUCCUAGAAUCAAGCCGCUCAUGGUAACUAUGAAGCAAUCUCCAUUUUGGAGAAGCAUAUAUAUUGACCAACUUUCAUAUAGAAAGUUGGAAACAUUUGACAUAGAUGAGAAGUACUUGAAAUAAUGUGGAACCCUGAAACACACGUGCAUAUAUGGUUCCAGUUAGGAAUAUAGUUUAUUAUAGCACAAUAAUGUUUUGCAAAUUGCAAGGCAUUUUCUCAUUCCUGCAAUCCAAAUUGGCAUGGCCAUGAUUUCUCG